AUGUACAGUUUAUCAAAAUUGGUCCAGCCUUUGGCUAAACAAUCCCUACAAGUAAUGGCGAAAAGAACAAAUAUUGGAGUUAAUGGACCACCGUUAGUCAAAAUGGCAAAAUGGGUAAAAACUAUCUGUUUUAUUUAUAUUUAGUACAGUUUAAGCACAAGUUUACUUAUUACUAUAAUAGUAAUAUUAAUAAUUCAAAUAUAAUACUUAAUCUUCUAAUUAUUUACAAUUUAAAUAGCUAUGUAAUUUUGGAAUACUAUUUUUUAAUUUGCUUAAAAUGCAUCAUUUAAAACAGGUUUAGUAAAUAUACUUUAACCCUAAUUAAUUAUUUAAAGUAUAAUUUAUAAACAACAAAUGUCUACAAUCAGCUGAUCAAUUUUAGAAUAUUACAUUAUUGUACAUGUGCUUUAACUAUAUUAGUAAUUCUGUGUAUGUAAUACUAUUUUAUUCUCGGUCACAAUUGCUUCCUAACAUUUACCAUUUGUUCAGGUUUUUUCUCAAUUUUUCACCUUUAUAUAUAUAUUGUUGUCAAAGCAUCACUAUCAACUUGAACUCUUCUCGGAAUUGUUUUUUCGUUAAUAAAUGGUUUAUUGUUGCUUACAGAUAUAGAUACAUUAAAUUUUCUUUUGUAUUCUACCUUCCCAAUUUCCAAUUUAUUACAGUGGCUGCACCCAUCCCCAUUAUUUUACCUUUCUUUUUUUCUACUUUUAUUCUCUACAAAAAUUCAUUUCUAGACAACAAACUACUUCCUUUUGACUCCCGUUCCACAUUGAUAAUCAAUUUAAUUAUUAAUUUCAUCAUAGACACAUUGUCUUAAUAUAAAACAUCAAAUGUAUUUAAAAUAUUAAAUAUAUGUAUAUUUUUUUAUUUCUUUAAACCUUAUAAAUAAUUAUUGUGGUGUUAUAUUAUUUUACAAUCAACAAACAAAAAAAAAUGAUUGAAUUUAGAGUAAAAAUAUUUAUUAUGAAAUGUAUAGAGAAUAUUAUUUUGGAGGGAAUCUCAUAGUUGUUUUUUAAAUUGUGAACUAUUAAAAAAGUUGGUUAUUUAAAGUUGGUCAUAAAAAAAAAAAAAAGUUUUUGGUGCGCUAUAUAUCGAGCUGUAUAUUUAAAAUAAUACAAAAAUCCUUAAUAAGUUAUUACCUCACUAAAAUUUAAACACGUAUAUCUUCUUAUUCUUCUCUUCUACUAAUACUAUUCUUUAUAAAAUAUGUAAUAAGACCCUUUUCCUUAAACCAGAGACACGCAAUUGUGGAAGCGUGGAAUGCCUUAAUUACCAUAACUCUGGAUCAUACACUUUAUCUUCAUUCUACCUUCAAACUAACUAUAUACUUAUGUAUUGAUCAAUUUUUUGUAUUAUAUUGCAAUUCAAUUCAGGUAGAAGACUUCUGUGUAUUUUGUUUUAAAUGAAGUUCCUACACACAAGUAAUAUAACCAUGCGAGAGAAAAGAAAUGUUAAUAACAAGAAACUAUUAAGAAAUUAUGUCUGACCAACAUCUACAUAAAUAAGAGUGUAAUAUUAGUAAUAAAUAAUAAUAUCUUGAUAGUUUAAAUAUUUAAAAAUAAAUAAUGUUGAGAAUCUUAUAAUAUUAUGUAAAUUAUCUAUAUUUUGAAAUUGAAAAUGUGGUUUACUACCUGCCUAUUUGAAAAUCAAAAUAUGUUGUUUCUUUAUAGGUAUUUAAUGGGAAGAGAUGUAAUACAUUAUAAAUGCUUUAAAUGUAUUAAUAUUCAAAAUAAUACAUUUCAUAUAAUAUUUACUCUUUAAAUUUAAAUUAAAUCAUUAUGCAAUUAUCCAAGUGUAACUCAAAUUAUUUGUUGUUGGGUAUUUUAAAUCUUAAACAUUUCAAUUAGGAAUGUAUUUAAUAAUUUAUAUCCUACUUAAAUUGUAUAACAUUGUUAUUAGGUAUACUACUUUAUUUACUUAGACAAUUAUUUACUGGCAGAAAAUUAUAAAAUAGUUCUUGAUACAAUUUAACCCUAAUGGUUUAUUUUUUUUUUUUCAGAAACAAUUACUUAUUGGUGGUGCUGCAUCUGGAUCUAUUUUAAUUAUUCCUAUCUGGGUUUUAUAUGACUUAAAGAGUUUGCCACGAGCAUAA